AUGGCCCAUGUGUACCUCCUCGAUGUGAGCUACCUCGCCCCGUUUGAAGCGUGCUUGCCACGGGGUUCGUCUGAGCCGCCGCUCUCGUGGCGUUGUGCGGCGGAGCUGGCUCAAUGGACCUCCGUAGCGGCGGUUGGGGACGCUUGGAUAGCGGCGUGCGCAGAGGCAACAACGGCCACGACGGUGACGGGAACGUCGGCGCACGAAACACCUCUUACCUCUGACGUCGCAUCAUGCAAGCAGGGCAGGGAAGGCUACAUGCGGCUCGGCGAUGACGAUGACGGUGAUCAGGCUAAGGCUGCCGCAUGGUCCACCGUCACCCCAAUGGAAGUCGGCGCGCCAAGCCGCCACAUGUACGUCAUUCACACUUUCCCUUCAGCAAUUGUUAUCCAGAACAAGUACUUCAGCACAACGCUGACCCUCGUGACGGGGGCGCCGCUGCGCCCUCCCUCGGGCCACGGGCACGAUCGCGCCUCUCCGUCGGAUCAGCGCGACAUCACAGCUGAUCUCAUGCGCAUGUGUGCUAGUGGCAAGAGUAGCAGCGGCCCAUCCGUCUCUCGUGUCGGCGAUGGCGGUUGCUAUGGUGGAGUGCUACUUGCGCACAUUACCCAAGACCCAGCGGGCGUUCCGUGGCACGCCUUUCCACAAAGCGGGUGUCUCUUCCACGCCAUCAUGGUUUUUCACAGCAGCGAGACAGACGUGGACAUGGGCGAAGUAGCAGCAGCGGCGCCAGAGUCCCUGGCCGCCAUGAAGGCCCGACAGAGCAGACAGGACGCCGACGUGUUCUGCAGUCCUCUCAAAGACGCUACCAUGCCCACGGAUGACACUCUUGAUGCGCCGACGUCAUUGCUGCAGCUGAAGGCGCGCUGGAAGUACCUCGCAGCGGAGAAUGGGUACGAGUGCAUCUUUCACACCACGGGAUGUCCUCCGCGUGCGGCGGCACAUACGGCGGCGUCCAUGGAGAGCGGCGGGCAUGCACUCGGCAGCCCAGCGGAAGACGUUCAGUUGGAGUGCGUUAGCGCCGAUUCUGGCCGCCGCGGCUUGCUCGAAGCGCCACUUGCUGGAUCGAAUCGGCUCUACCAAAUCCUGUGUAAUACGCUGUGGCCGGCUGGCGUCCGUCAUGCAGCUGCCGCGACGUCGGGUGCACGGAGCGACGGUCACGGUGAGCAGGAGGACAGCGCCGUCACGCAGGCACCAAAGCCACUGAAGCCGCGCUCUGGGAACGCGUUUCUGGUGGUGGGCGACGACGAGGAUGCGAUGUGGCGUCUCUUCCAGCAGCAAGAGGACGGGUGCGCGCAUGUGCCGCGCCGUCUUUUUCGUUUCUUCACCGCCGUCGUUAGCUCGCCUGCUGACCCGACUGAGGCACCUCGAACGGCCGAGGGUAAGCUCGCCGCCGCCGCGGCACGACGCACCCGCGUCGCUCUUGUGAACCGGUACUACGCGGCAGUAGUGCAGCCGUGGCUGGUCCAGAUCGCCUUCUUCGACGCUCGUAUGCAGGAGCUGCUGGACCGAUACUGGGAGCAGCACAUGACAGCUGAGGACGGUAGCGAUGGCCUCUGCCCCGAUGCGCCAGCGGUGGUUUUGUGGCCGCCAAACUCUUCGGCGUCAUGCGCUGCCCGUGCUGAGAGCGAGACUUGGGACGCGGCAGCCAUCCGUGCCGACCCCGACGGCGAAGACGUGCGGGCUUCGUAUCCGCCGCUAGAGGUCGUUCUCGACUCUCUUGCACGUCGUGCCUGCCGCGAUGUCGUGGUCGUGGUGAGCAAGCGCGGAGGCGGCGCCGUUCCCAGCGGGCUCACAGAGUACGAGGCGCUGCUGUGUAUGGAGCGGAACGUCGAGGUGGUGCAGCUGGAGCCAGCGCGCUUCAAGGCGGCAUCGGCUGACACGAUGGAGACGAGCGUCGCUGAUCUGCCAAUGCCUGUAAAUCGAGACGAGGACGACACACAGGCCACACGCGGCGUGGACCGGCUGCACGAGGCGCUGCACUGUGUGCAGUGGGGGCAGACGCACCUCAUGAAGUGCGCAGCGUCCCCGAGAACGUGCCUCGCGGACCGCGGCAAUAACUCGUGUCUUUUACUGGCCUGCGGGCAGACUCCGUUCGAAGAAGAGGCGUGGGUGCGCGACCUACUCGCAGCCUUAAGCGCGGCACCGUCUAGCACACGCAGCAAGAGCGCAACUCCAUCUUCCGAAGAUUACCUGCGUCUCGCUGCCCCUACCGUUGCAGCGGCUCUUGCGGCUGGACACAGUGACGACAGCGCGGACCUCGGAGAACACCCAGCCGGGGCAGCUGUUGGGGUCGACAUCUCUACCCCAUACUUCAAUGCGCGUAUUGAGGUGCAGGUCGAGGGUGGUCUACACUCAUACUACGCGGCACCACCGACACAACGCGCGGGUACGCAGACGAUGCCGUCUGGGUGGGAAAACGCACACGAUGCCUAUGUGGUCGUCACAACCCUGUGCGCUCUCCAAGAAGCGGCGCGCGAGAUCGCUGGGUCCACCAGGCAUACGACGCUCCAUAAUCCCAGCACCCGCGAGGCUGUCAGUGGACCGCACGGCGCCCUGGGCAUGGUUAUCCGAACCCUUGCUCGGCGGCAGAGGGAGAUAUGGAUGGCGGAGCAGAUCGACGCCUACGUGGCGCACCAGACUAGCCAGAAGGCGUCCGACGCGGCUGCUGACUCACCGCUUGUCCUGCUGUACAUCACGGACGUAUCGGCAGCGGAUUUGACGCGUGCGGAGCUGGUGGAGCAGCUGGUCUGUGCACUCGCACGCCCCACCGCAGCGCCUGCUGCAGCUUCCCUGGGCGAGAACGGCAGCGACAGCGCCGAAGAUGCCGAUGGCUACGUGCCCAUCGAGCUGGUGUUCGCGAGUGAGCCUGUGAGCGUGACAACCGGCGCCGCUACGGCAGGCCGCUACGACGGUCUCGUUGUGGACGGCACCGCGCGUGUGCGCGAAGCGUUUGAACAGCAUCUGUGGCCGCAUCGGCAGUCACUGUCACACUACCACCGCCGCGUCAGCAACAUCCGUCCCACAACCCAUGCUAGAGAGGAAGCUGCAAGUCUGCGGGGCUCCGUCGAGGCUGCCUCUGCCACCACCGCUGACGUUUUUGCCAGCGAAGUAACGUGUGCGUCGCCUCCUCCGGUGGCAGCAGCAGCAGCAGUGCCUGCCACAAGAGCGAGCGCUACCGUACCCAGAGAAACGGUGACGGUUGAUUCCUCAUGGGUUGCACCGGUCAUCGGCUGCGCCCUACCGAACGGCUACCUUGUCGACCCCGAGACACUGCGAAGCGUACCGGUGAGGGUCGUGCGAGACGCCCCAUGGAACACAGCGAAGAUCGCAGACGUCGAGGGCAGACAGGGCUGUGGUGACGCAUCAGCUCAGCAUCACAAGCCUCGGCCGACAACCCACAAUGCUGAGGAGCUCAUGCAAUGGAUGGAGAAGAUGAAGCGCUACGGUCACCGCCUCGGCGAGGCGCUGCGCAAGGAGCAGGCGGAAGUACUUGCCCUUGCCCUUGAGAAGACCCUGUAG